UAAAUAGUAUCUAAUUCAUUCGCUACCUAAAACAUGGCAUAAUUAACGAAUAAUCAUAAAUUCUAAAAUUGAUAAGAAUCAACCAUAAUUUUGAAUUUUAAUUUAACUAAAAAUGAUAUUUUCGUAAUGAGUGACAAAAAUGAACAAAAUGAUCCUAGCAAGAGAGGAAGGGUGGAAUGUGAUAACAUAAAAUCGGCUUUGGAAGGCUGCACUCCACCCGUGAAGAACAUAACACAUCCGUUGAGGUACUACGAAUUCACUCGCGAUGAAAUCAAAGCUCUAGAAGAAUGCGAUAAAGAGAGCUUUUAUCGUCGCUGCCUUCCUUUCAGCACACUUUUUGCCACAGCUACUUACGCUGCAGUCAAAUAUGGUUAUUUCAAGCCAAAUCCCCGGUUUGGAGCUAUUCCUAAAAUAUCAUUUGCGGUGUUGGUGGGUUACUUUGUUGGAAAGCUAUCUUACCAAGAGGCAUGUGCUGAAAAAUUGAUGGCCUUACCAGGGAGCUACAUUGGACAACUUCUCCGUGAAAAAAAGGAAGGGAGGAUAGGCGGAGGUGGAAACAUACAAAGCACUCCGAGCAUGUUCGGCGCCGGCCCUAACGACAUCUACUCGGACGCGGGCCCCGGCAGCUCGCUGGACUUGGACACCGACCGCCCAGUCUUCAGCGACGAUUCUUAUCGCCCCGAUAAUGAAGGUGGAGGUUUCCCCUCGUUGGGCCCGGACAGGAAGCACCCUGCUCUCUCUUACGAUGACCUUAGGCGCAGGAACCGCGGCGAGUACACCGAGGCUAGACAAGAUCCGUACAGAGUUGAUCCGAGCACAGUGCCGCCAAUAACGCGCGCGCCCCCGGCGAUCGAUGCGCCGCCGCCCGCUCCGCGCCACCGCCACACCAACCAGUACGGCGACGAUAUGGAUUAACACAAUGCCAUUUACACCACUCGCUUUUUAGAUGCGUGAACCGAUAACUGCAGCGUGUAAAUCUAAUAUUUCAACUGUUGGCUAGCAUUCGCUGAAUAUAUUUAGGCUCCUCAUCGUGAAUUGCAAAUAUAGAUUUAGCACGCAUAGUUAACAAUAAAAAAUAUUGAAAAAUUCAUUUAUGACUAAAAACUACGUAUUGUUGUUUGUUUGAUUUAUACAUUGCGAUUUUACUUUCAUAAUAGGAAUCUUAAAAAAAAUGGUUUGCUGAAGCAUCUAAAUUAUUUUUAUUUAAUCGUCUUUUCUACAACCUUUGAAAACAGCUAGAUUUUAUAACCAGAAAUACAGGGUGGCCUUAGCCAUUGGACAAACCCUGAAAUCCCACGUAGGAAUGCUCAACGUUAAUAUUUUUUUAAAUGAACAAAAGAUAUGAUCGACAACAAAAAGAAACAUCCUGUAUUAAUAUUGGCAGUGUUUUUGACAACUUGUUCGAAAAUGUGCGGCAAUAAUGACAUUUGUCAAAAGUCAGAAUCUUAUUAAUGUCAUAAAUAAAAAAGAUAAUCAAUGAGGUCGAAGAAGGUUUCAUAAUAUUUAUUACCUAGGAGCUAGUAACACAUACAGGCUGUUCUAAAGUAAAAAAUCGUAAUUUGUUAAUUUCUUCGUAACCGCUACACCGGUUGUUAUGAUACUUGGUAUACUGAUUCCAAAUACCCUAAUGCAUAUGUACAUUUCGGCUUUGUCCAAUGGCUAAGGAAAACCUGUAUAUCAAAGGCCUACCAUACUUAUAGCAUAAAAUGUUCUCUACGAUGCAAUUUGCUACUACUGGAGUAUUUCGGGCUUUAUAGUUCUUGUGAAUUGGGAUUCCCAUUCUUACAUCUACUAUGGGUAUUUAAAGUUACAAUAUUCGAAUAACUGUGUAGUUAGAUUCGUCUUUCUAAUGCAUAAAGAACUAUUUUAUCGGUUUCCAGAGGACAAUUGACAUACCUACAAAUAAAAAUUGUAUAAUAGUCCUUUUUAGGGUUCCGUACCCAAAGGGUAAAAACGGGACCCUAUUACUAAGACUCCGCUGUCCGUCUGUCUGUCACCAGGCUGUAUCUCAUGAACCGUGAUAGCUAGACAGUUGAAAUUUUCACAGAAUGAUGUAUUUCCGUUGCCGCUACAGCAACAAAUACUAAAAAGAACGGAACCCUCGGUGGGCGAGUCCGACUCGCACUUGUCCGGUUAUUUUAUCUGAGCGCCGGGAGCUCUGUAGUUUGACUCCCUCUCCCCCUCACCUGACGCGGAGGUCAAACUGGUUACCGGGCGUUUUGAGCUCAGGUGAACGUGUAUAAUUCCCGUACCAAAUGGCAUUGCUGUAACCAAAAAUGUAUAAGUACCUCUCCAUACAAGCAUGCCCAGUAGAAAACGGACUAUAAAUUAAAAUCAUUAUUGACAGCCGACAAAGUAUAGGAAGCUUUUACAUCAAAUAUUA